UCAUACGCUGAAAUGCGCAGCUACUCAGUCCCACCGCCGGCUGUCUUCCCUGUUCUCUGUGGUGCUCUUGCUCUUGUUCGGCCCGAGGAGUUUGAGGCUGGUGUCUUCGACUCAUGGUCAGCAUGUCGGCGUCAGAUAGACCGUCAGUUCUUCCGUGAUCUAUCAGAGUUCGAUCCCUUCACAGCACAACUUAGUCCAUUUGUCGCAGAUAAAGUUCAAUGCAUAGCUCGCGGUAUGGUUUAA